AUGCCUGCAUCGUCCAAUGAAGAGAUGGCCUCUCUGCUCGAUCCGGCAUUAACUCAUACGGUGGUGCGAGAUGAACAUGAAGAACUGCGGUCGCAGUUGCUGGCAAGCAUAGAGCAGAAUAGACUUGCGUUUGCUGCAAACAAACAUGUGGCGCAGGUGAAAGAGCCGUCCCCGAGCUUGCACGAUGCAGUGAAGGAAGACGCGCCCAAUAAAAUGAGCAUCCUACAAGCUGGGAACCGAACUGAGAACGGAAAAGAAGUGCAGGCCUCGACAAUGGUCGAAUCGCCAGAAGAUGGCCCCUCAGCUGCUAUGACCGCGCCAGCCGACGCAGCAGAUCCCUUGGAAGUCGAUACGCACAUGGAGGACACGACAGUAGACAUGAUUAACGCGGCUGAAGAGACGGAGACGAAUAGUCCUGAGGAAAACAAAGCUGCGGGUUCUGAGCCGGAUACAGAGAACGAGGGCGAGGACGACUACCAAGAUGCCAGUUCCAGUUUGCAUAAAUUUGAUGGCAAUCUUGUCACGGUUGGAGCCAACGAGGCUGCGAGUGUGGUCGAUACUGACGGAGCUAGCGCCGUAAGCGAUAGUGGCGCUGAGGAAGACUCCGACGACGAUCCUGACUUGUGUGUCUUCUGUGAGCAAGCCGAGUCCGCAGUGACAAGUACUGAGGAUGAUGUAACUUGCAGAGUCUGCAGGAGACCCGCUCAUCGUGUUUGCUUCGACGCACAGGGAUUUCAUAGUGCUGAAUCUGAAAACUGGGAGUGUCAGAGAUGUGCAGCAAAUGGGUCUUCGACAUCGCCAAAAGGACAACCACGAAAGCCUCGUCAAUCAGCUUCCCGCUUAGUCCGCGAUCUCCUUCCUGUCUCACGAGGUAUGCAAAAACCAGGCGCGCAUUCAAUCUUCGCUCAACCAUUAAUACAAGAUGACGAAGGUGGUAGAGCUCUUAGAAAGAGAAAGUCCGAAUCAGACGAACGAAUUCCAAGUAUACACAAGAGACCGAAAACGAUGCAGGAAACUCCGAAAGUAGACACCAUACAGCCCGAGUCCAUCUGUCACAGCACGAGAAGGUCAAGUCAGAAGCUUGUCCUGGGCCUACCGCCUCUUCCCACAGCUCGCAUCCUGCAACAUCGACCAUACCAUAAGCCGCCACCCCACAAAUUUAUACUUGCCUUUAGGUUAGACCAGAGCAAAAUUGCUACAGUGUUAGCAGAGCCACCACGACCGCACAGGAGGAAAUAUCUUAAGAAAAAGCAGAAAAUACCAGCACCUCCACCUUAUCAACCGCCUGUACCCAAAUUCCCUGCACUUCCAGCUCAUAAUCUUAUGUUCCCUUUUAUGUUUGGAGAUCGAGAAAGUGAUGUCGGUUCGAAACCUUACGGUGGCAUCUUGUCGGAGGCAGAAGCUGAAACUUCGAAGUCAUUGCCGCAGAUGCGCGAUCGUGAGAUAUUCGAGAUUGCCCGAAAGGAGGCAGAAGAGGAGAGAAAGAGAACAUCAGCAAAAGCAGAAGCGGAGAUCUAUGGUUCGGCCGGCGAGAAUGCAAAUGCGACAAACUCCAAGCGAACCGUCUCUGGACCACCCAGCAAAAUCAAAUGCAUUCAAUUCGGAAAAUACGUUAUCGACACCUCAUAUGCUGCGCCGUACCCCGAGGAGUAUUCUCAUGAAUCGCGAUUGUUCAUUUGUGAGUUCUGUUUGAAGUACUUACCUUCGGAAUUUGUGGCAUGGAGGCACAAGUUGAAAUGUCCAGCGAAACACCCUCCUGGUGACGAGAUAUAUCGUGAUGGCUCGCUCUCAAUAUGGGAAGUCGAUGGCAGAAAGAAAACAGAGUACUGUCAGUGUCUAUGUCUGAUGGCGAAAUUGUUCCUCGGCUCAAAGACUCUGUACUACGAUGUUGACCCAUUUCUGUUCUAUGUCCUAACAGAAUAUGAUGAGUAUGGUUAUCAUUUCGUCGGCUAUUUCAGCAAAGAGAAACGGCCUGCAAGUCAAAACAACGUCAGCUGUAUUUUGGUCAUGCCCAUUCAUCAACGGAAAGGAUAUGCCACCUUUCUUAUUGAGUUUUCUUACCUCUUGACUCGACUGGAAGGCAAGGAGGGUAGUCCAGAAAAGCCUUUGAGCGACAUGGGUCUGACUGCAUAUCGAUCGUACUGGGACUUAACGAUAUCUAGGCAUCUACUGCAACUGGGUAACAAGCCUUUCAGCGUCAAGGACAUGAUGCUGCGAACCGGUAUGACGGCUGACGAUGUGGUGCACUCACUAGAGAGGCUGUAUGCGUUCGUCCGUGACCCCGUCACUAAAGCAUAUGCUAUCCGAUAUGACAAGAGCCUAUACGCAAAUAUCGUCGACAAGUACGAGUCAAAAGGUUUUCAGGUCAUUCGAGAAGAGCGUUUAGUAUGGACUCCAUACAUCAUGGGUCGAAGCGACGCAGCAACCCUUGAUGCAGCGCCUGUGAAUGCCAUCGCUCAGAGACCUGAUGAUAUUAUUAAGGCAAUGGACGAUGAAGCAGACCGUAUGUCGCCGCAGAUGGCUGAACAACCACCAUUGAAGUCACCAUCAGCAAGCAAUGUUGAUCCUGCAUUGCUGAAUGAGCACGGGACUGUCGCACCUGGUCCGCCUCCUACAGGUCUGAUGGACGACAUUCAGCCAACAGCUGUUGAGACGACUUCCAAUGAGCCUCUCGCUAACGGUGAUAUCGACAAAGGCAAAGCCCCAGCUGAACCAUCCGUGACUGGAUACGCACUCACUUAUUUGACCGAGAGAAUUCCCCAAACUCGAUUCCAGAUUGAUCCUCCUAUCCCGGCCGCGAUGUUGCGAAACGCCAAAUCGAAGCGAAAGAGCAUAACCGGUACACCUCGUCCUAAGGGCAAGACAUUGACAAAGCCAAUAACGCCACAGGCACUACGUCAUUCACCUCGUAAAGCAGGGAGCGUUAAUGGCAGUGUGUCGGGUCGAGGCGCAAGUCGCAUGUCAUCGCCUGACAAAGUCAGUGCAAGCGUCAGACGAAGUGGCAGGAGGAGCGGCCUUGCUAAGGAAGUCGUCGUUGUCGCUGCGAGCAACGAAGAGGACGAUGACGACGAUCACGAAGCACAAGAGGAAGAGGAAGAGGAAGAGGUUGCUGAUGGGUCAGCCGACGAAGAAGAUGUCGAAGACGAAAUCGAAGUCAAUCUGUCGCAUCACCAGAAUGCGAUCGAGGUCGAUAGCGUCGCCUCUACAUCUGCAGACGAGGAUGCAAGCGAUCGUUCCGACGACGAGCCAGACAGCCAGUUCGAACGAGAAGACGACGCUUCAGAAGAAGAAGAAAUUGAAGAAAGCAACGCCUCCGACGACCCAGACGCGGUCGUGGACGAGGAAGAGGACGAGGAAAGUGCUGAAGAGGAAGAAGAAGACGGAGAAAUUGAAGUCGAUGUCCCCUCUGCUGUAUCCAGCACUGCCGUUACAGACGAUGAGGGUGAAAAUAGUUCUGGAGGAGAGGAAUAG